CUUGUUUAGUUGAAGUAGCUGGCUGUUCUGAGCAGGAAAUCCUGUGCUGAAGAUUUUCAGCAGUGUUUAUGAAGCUGUUUUUUUUUCCCGUAUGAAUAUAUUGUAUUCUGUGUUCAGUGUGUGCAAAGUAACGUCCCUUGUUAUGUUGGUGGAUUAAAUACUGAUGAUGGGGGAUCCGGGGUCCGGGAUCCGAUGCGCUGUUUUUGCGUUAUUAUUGCGUUAUUUCGUUACUUUUUGCGCUGUAGCGUUACUUUUGGAUCAGUGUCUCGUCUCAGCGGGGGAUUUAAAGUCGGUAAGUGUGGAUGUGGAUCUUUCUCGUGUGGCCAGAAGAGUGGAUGCAAGGUUUCUGUCUGUGACUAUUGAUGCGAGUCUGAUGGCGGAGGAGAAGUUCAUGUACCUUCUGGGGUCUCCGAAACUGAGGACCCUCGCCAAAGCUUUGACUCCUGCAUUUCUGCGUUUUGGAGGGACUAAACAGGAUUUUAUGAAAUUUAAACCACACAGUGAAUAUUUCAUAACGAAAGGAUACAGUAGAGAUUCUCUUCCUCAUUCAGGACCUGUGUGUAGUAAAUUUGAGCUACCACCACUGCUGGAGGAUGAGCUGAAGCAUGACUGGGCAAUGCAGGCAUUACUCUUACGCCAGGAGGAAGUGCAGGGAAAGUACAAGCAAGGGACAUUUUCUGAAUGUGCAGUGGAUCUGCUUUACUCAUUUGUGAACUGCUCAGGAUUGGAGCUGAUCUUUGGCUUAAAUGCGCUGCUACGAACUCCUGAGAAUGUCUGGGACAGUCGGAAUGCCGAGCUGCUGCUGAACUACUGUGAGCAGCGGCAAUACAGGAUGUCCUGGGAGCUGGGCAAUGAACCCAACAGUUACGAGAAAAAGGCGGCGAUCAGGGUGAACGGUUCCCAGCUGGGAGAGGAUUUCCUCCAUCUGCGUAAGAUCCUGCAGAAAUCAGAACUGUAUAGUUCCUCGGGUCUGUACGGACCUGAUACGAGUCAGCCGCGAGAACACCGCAAAGACCUCCUCACUGGGUUUUUGGAGAGUGGGGCUGAAGCCAUCGAUGCAUGUACUUGGCACCACUAUUAUGUCAACGGCAGAGAUGCAUCUUUGGAGGAUUUUCUUGAUCCCAAAGUGCUUGAUAUGCUGGCUGUUAAAACAGACGAGGUCCUCAAGCUUGUCCAUUUUUUGUCUCCUGGAAAGAAAGUGUGGCUUGGAGAGACUAGUUCAGCAUACGGCGGGGGCGCAGUCGGUCUCUCGGACACUUUUGUUGCUGGUUUUCUGUGGUUGGACAAACUUGGUCUUGCAGCUAAGCUGGGGUUGGACGUGGUCAUGAGACAGGUGUUAAUAGGCUCUGGGACAUACCAUCUUGUGGAUAAUAAUCUCGAUCCACUUCCGGAUUAUUGGCUGUCGCUUUUGUAUAAGAAACUCGUAGGACCUGAAGUGCUGGACGUACAGGUUCUGACAAGUUCAGGAAGGCAGGCGCGACUCUUACGGGCGUAUCUUCAUUGCACCAACAAAGAAAGUUCUAGUUACAGAAAAGGUGCGGCCACGUUGUUCGCCCUAAACCUGAGCAAGAAGCAAGUGGUGAUCAAGCUGCCGGCGCUCGUCUCCAACAGCACUGUCGAAGUGUUUGUGCUUCAGUCGGCUGAACCAGGGGAGAACGGGCUCCGUUCCAGGUCUGUCAGGCUGAACGGUGAUGUGUUGAAGAUGGUGGAUGAGAGGACUCUGCCUCCUCUUCAGGGAGUUGAACUUCCACCUGGAGAGCAUCUCAAGCUUCCUGCACUGUCCUUUGCCUUCUACGUGCUCAAACGAGCCGCUGCUUCCGUGUGCUGAAGGGCUCGGAGUAAUGAUUUUAUCCUGAAUAUUUUUUAUGAGAGAACUUUGAGUACAAGUAUUGCACGUGGAACAUUUAUUUAUUAUAAGACUUUAGGGGUCACGUUUGUUUACAUGUUACGUUUGAAUUAUCAGACACUCACGGGCAUCAUGCAGGUUCAGGUCAAGAUUACAUCAGGAUGAGGAAACUCAAAUCUCCUGGGAUUUUCACACACAAUAGACUUUACUCAGACUGGCGGCAAAAAACAACAACAAGACAAUCUCAUUUAUGAGAUGAGAGAGGCUAGAGGAGAAAUCCAGCCUGUUUCAAGCUGACAGGAAGGCUACUCUGACUGAAAUAACCACUCUAUGGAAUUGUGGUGAGCAGAACAGCAUCUCACAUAACACUUCAAACCUUGAGGUGGAUGUGCUACAACAGCAGAAGACCACAUCGGGGUCCACUCCUCUAAGCUAACAACAAGAAUCUGAGUCUGAAGUGGGCACAGGCUCUAUAAACCUGGACAGAUUGGAAAAAAAACCAUGCGAUGUUAUAACUUAAAGUUAAUGUCUUCAAAUUCUCCACACCAUUACACCACCAGCAGCAGCCUGACGUGUUGACACAAGGCAGGUUGAGCUCAUGGAGUCAAUCUUCAACUAUCCAGUUUCUGUGUUCCGUGUUUACUGGGGAAGGGUUGGGAAGUUUAAAAGAAUUAUAUUUUUUAAUACCAGUACAAGUGAAGUGCUGCUCUUGUGCAAGUCCUUCUCUUGUAUUAAUGACCUUUAAUGUCAAAACCAAACCAUAUGGAAUGCUAUUUGCACUUAAAUAAAACACAUAAAAAGAACAAAAAUAAAUAACUAAGCAAGUAUAUUUAGAAUAGUCAAUACAUUGAUUAUUAUUAUUAUUAUUAUUAU